ACUGUGAGCUGCAGCCAUGGCAGACGGUAAGACGGGAGGAGCCGGGCAGUUUGCAAAGCAGGUCCAAAAGCGAUUUAGCCGAGCCCAGGAGAAGGUUUUGCAGAAACUGGGCAAGACGGUAGAAACCAAAGAUGAGCAGUUCGAGCAAAGUGCUUACGAUUUCCAGCAGCAACAGACUGAAGGCCACAAACUCUACAAGGACCUUAAGGCUUUCCUCAGCGCUGUGAAAGUGAUGCACGAAAGUUCCAAGAAAGUGGCGGAAACCCUGCACGAAAUUUACAAUGUGGAAUGGGAUGGACACGUGGACUUGAAAGCCAUUGCGGAGAGCAAUGACCUCCUGUGGGAAGACUAUGAGGAAAAACUAGCUGACCAGGCGGUGAGAACCAUGGAGAACUACAUGGCUCAGUUUGGUGAAAUUAAGGAGCGAAUCGCUAAGCGGGGGCGGAAGCUGGUGGAUUACGACAGCGCCAGGCAUCACCUGGAGGCGCUGCAGAAUGCCAAGAAGAAGGAUGAUGCUAAGAUUGCAAAGGCUGAAGAGGAGUUCUACAAAGCUCAGGCUGUGUUUGAGGAUCUUAACAAAGAACUUCGAGAGGAGCUCCCAGUUCUUUAUAACAGCCGCAUUGCUUGCUACGUGACCAUCUUCCAGAAUAUUUCCAAUUUAAGAGAUAUCUUCUACAAGGAGAUGAGUAAGCUGAACCACGACUUGUAUGAGGUGAUGAGCAAACUGGAAAAGCAGCAUUCCAGCAAAGUCUUUAUCAUUAAAGGGGUGUCGAGUAACAGGCGCUCGCUGGUCAUCUCCUCCCCAGUGAGCCGUCCUCCUGUCGUUUUCACAUCACUGGGAAAUGCUGCAGAUGGGACCCCUGAGCUGCCUCCUGACAAUUCAAUGUGUCACAAGAGAGAAUCUGUUUCUUCAGCAGCAGAGGGGGAGGCCACAUCCUCUGGUGGCAGCGAAAUCCAGGAUGAGCGGCCGGCAUCUCCUGCUGCUGUUUUGACACCCGACGAAAAAGAGUCCAUGUCAGCAGCAGACGUGGAGCCUGUGUCCUCUGGUGCCAGUGAAAUCCAGGAUGAGACACCUAUCUCUCCUGCUGUUCUGACGCAUGACAAGAGAGAAUCCCUGUCAGCAGCAGAGGUGAAGGCAGAGUCUUCCGGUGCCAAUGAUCUCCAGGAUGAAAAUCAAACUAGGACUCUGGAUCAACCCAGCAGAGCUACAGAGAGGUUGUACCGGGGAGUUGAAGAUGUUGCAGCAGCUACGGCUGCGGCGAUUCUAUCUGCCGCUAUAGCUGAGGCUGUGUGCAAAGCCAAAACGUCUCCGCCACCCUCUGAUGGUGCAUCAGCCCAAACCCAGACUCCAGAGAGCCUUGAGGCUGACGCUAAUGAACUGCAGGGGGGAAAGGAAUGCUCUGUACUCCAGGCGAGCAAUGAAAUCCCAUCUCUGCAAGCACCCCCUUCACCUGACUUCAGGGAGGAGACAGAGCCACCAGGAGAUACCCAACCCCCAGCUCCCCAGCAAGAAUCAAGGCAGCCAGGAAACGGGAUGCCCCUCGGUGAGGUUUUAGUUUGCCCUGAAAAUGCCACGUACCCUCCUGACAAAGAUUCUCCCCCUCCCACCCCAGUCCACGAAGUCCAUCAAGACCCAGCCAGCACCAGUGGCUCCAGUCCACCCGAAGCAACGGAACGGGCCAAUGGCCAGAAGGAGCCAGAGACUGAGCGGAUCAUUUGCCAGCCAAGCAGGGAGGCCGAAGAGGACCGGGGCAGCGAGGGGAGCAUGGAAGAACUAAACGUUUCCCCAACGGUGACUGAAACGCAGAUCAUGUUUGGCUUCAUCCCAGAUGGUGAAACAGGCAGCAGCAGCCAUGAGCUGCCUGUGGACUUCCUCUUCAAGGCUCAAGCAAUCCAGACUCACACGUCAGACGAUGAAAAUCAUCUGCAGUUCAGGGAAGGGGAGAUAAUUCUGGUGGUAUCCAACUCUCAGGGCCAGGAAGAAGGAUUUCUCACAGGCUUCAAAGAGAGCGACUGGAAGGUGAACCGGGAUCUCUUACAGAAGAGAACUUUCCCCCAAGAGCUUAUCAGACCCAUCUCCUCCGAAUGACUCCAGCGCAUCAAAGCGGCUGGGGCGGCGUGGGAGGGAAACAGGAACUAUUUAUGUGUCUCUCAAAGCAGUAACGUUGCACUUGUAAUCAGAUUCAGAAUGUCAAACUGCAACAGGGCAUGUGGAGACGGGAGAGAAAACCCGUCUCUCCAAACAAAAUGAAUGUAAGUGGGAGAAUUAAUGGAGCUGGCGUAGGAACAAGCUUCAGUUUGAUUCCACAGUACCUGCUGCACGGCCUUUAGAAAAAGCACAGAAACCCGAACCUCCCCAUGCCGUAAAUAUCGGGGAAUUUGCUGUCCCAAAUUGUUUGGCAAAACAAAGAGUGAAGCAUUGGUUGAACACACUGCAGCAUAGUUGGGGGUGUUUUAGCCUUAUGCUUCAAAACCCCGGCAUUUAUGCUCAGUGAAGGCCAGAUUCCAGAGAGCACAUGGUUAGCUUUAAGCACCCGAGUAAUCCCAAUGGAAAUAGCUGCAGCUACUCGUGUGCUUAGCUUUAAGCCUGGGCUUCCAUGCUUUGGUGAAUCAGGGCCUUAAUCCCUUUGCCAGCUAGGUUCCAUGAGACCCUGGAAAGGCCCAGCUGCCUUGGGGAUGCUUUUCAGCUGGGGGGCUUGCUCUGACCGCUUGGGUUCAGAAUCUGGAGGGGCAGGAGUUAUUGUGUGGCUCUGCUGGUCAUGGGUGGUGUGGCGCAGAGGCUGCAGCCCGGCGUGGCCACAUCCACGCUCCUCCCCAAAGCCCUGCUUGCCCCCAAGGCCCUCCUCUUCAGGGAAGCAGCAAGCAGGGGCUAGGGCGGACGGGACUGGGGAUAGCUAGGGGGUCCUAGACACUGGGGCUAUGCCGCCCAGCGCUCAGGGGUGGGGGACAGGAAGGGCUGGGGCUGCCUGCCCUGUGCUUGGGGGGCUGAGGACUGCGCACCACCUGCCCUGUGCUCAGUUGUGGGGGCCACGCGCUGCCCACCCUGUGCGUGGGGAUCUUGGGGCGGGGGCACGCACCCGGUGCUCCAGGACUGAGGGGGGCUCUGAUGGGGGGCGGCCAGGGGCUAGCCUCCCCCAGCAGGUGGUUCACCCGCUGCUCAUGCUGCUGGUAGGGUGACCAGAUGUCCCAAUAUUAUAGGGACAGUCCUGAUUUUUUUUUGUCUUUUUCUUAUAUAGGCUCCUAUUAUCCCUCACUCCCUGUCCUGAUUUUUCACAUUUGCUGUCUGGUCACCCUAGCUGCGUGGUCAUGUCAAUGCACCAUUCAUUGGGGCUGAAUCCACAAAAGAUUUGCUUCCCUCACUUCCUCGGCAACGCUGCGGUUUCUCUCUGCCACGUGCAUGGUUACUGGUGAUUGUCCCCAAGGCACAUGAUGGUGACCAGUGCCGGUGUUAGCCCACUGGGGGCCCUAAAGCAGAAUAGUUUUGCCCCUUCCCCCAAUACUAAAACAGCCAAGAUCUUAGAAUGAAAACCAAAUAAGGGAGCCCCUUGAGCUGCGGGCUCUCGCGUGACAAGGCUUGGUCCCUGGGGUUGGCCUCAAUAUCCUGUUAUUCCAGAAAAGGCGUUUCUUUGGGGAGGGUCAGUGAGAAAACAGCAAUAAAUAACUCACGGCGGCAUCUUAGCACCAGAAAUUUGGCCACGGUUUUAAAUCCCAAGAUAUUUCAAUAAAGACACCACG